AUGUCUCUCCUCAGAGUUUGCUCCACUUUAGGAAGGAGCCUUGGUCGGCGCAGUUUAGCGGACGCUCGCAGGUGUUUAGCGGAGCGCUGUCAGCUUUGUGUGUCGGUGAGAAGCGGAACAAUCAGACGGAUAUCAGGAACACCUUGGUACCUACAAAGAAGAAAUGUUUCAACCGUUAUCCCAAAAUCCGAGGAUGUAAAGAAACGUGUACAUGAACAGUCUCAGUUGUUAGAUGUCCUUGAAGCCAGGAUCCAGCAACUUCAGUCCGACGUCGUUUUAGAUGUCCAACAUGCAAAAGUGCAAUUCGUUAAAGCCCCCUCUUUUGAAGGGGGUGUUUCAUCCGGAAGGACUGCAAAAGGAUCCUCUAAGGACAAAAAGGACAUUUCUAAAUCUGGACAGAUGGUUACGAAAGGGGCCUCUAAGUCUCAGCCCAGUCGCUGGAUGGAAAAAUUAUCUCAGGAGAAGAAAAAUAAACUUAAGAAACAGCAGGACGUCCAGCAAAAAAUUGUUAAAGAGAAGCUCCCAGGGAAAUCUAAAGGUAGCAAAAGCACCUUAAUGCCAACUGGUACAACGCACAAAACAAUAUCUUCUGCAGCAAAGAAGAGCAGUGGGGGCACGAAGCUGUCAGAGGAAAUGCGUGCCGCAGUGCCUUCAGUAGCUGCUGUCACUGCGACCGGCUCAGCAAAAGCAGCUCUGACACCUAAAACAUUUAAGCAGAAACGGAAAGACUCAAAAAAUAAGGGCUCUGAUAAAGAAGCUUCAAAAACGACUGUCCCAGAGCACAAAGACAAAGACCUUGCUGAGGUUGAGGAGCUGGAAAAAAGACUCAACCAGCAAGUACAACAUUGGACGUGUUUGAAUAGCUCAGACAGCUUCCAAGAGAGCGGCGCGUGCAGCUCAAAUGGGGACACCCAGUUCAGCAUCCGCUCCUACCUGGAGGCAUGUGUGUUUGUAGGGGAUAUUGAACGCUCGCAGAGUUUCCUGCUCAGUCAGCACAGAGUUAUGAGUCGACGUAAACAUCUGACCACAGAUGUUUACAACAUUAUGAUGAGAGUCUGGGCCAAAAAGGGCCUGUUGAAUCAGAUCGGCCGCAUCUUCAUACUGUUGGAAGAAGCUGGUCUGAAGCCAAACAUCGGCUCCUACUCUGCUGCACUGGAGUGCAUGGGUCGCAGUCCAAACUGCUCCCCAAAAGUGAUUUCAAGGUGUCUGAAUCAAAUGAAGGAGGACGGCCUGUCUGUGGAUGACCUGUUCAGCCAUUGUGUUUUCCGACAAGAUGAAAGGGACAUGCUGCUGAAGGCGAUUCAAACGGUGAAACCAGACUACGAGCCCAACCUCAGUUUGGAUGAAAGCCAGUGUGCCUCGCCGCUGGUGCAAGACUUCUACACAAAGAGAGAGCACCACACUUACCCCAAGCUGGACUUCACCCAGGAGGAGCUCCAGGAACGUUUUAAACGUCAGCUCAUUGUAGAGAAGGCCUGCACUGUCACCAUUGACUCCGUUGAGUCCAUCAAACCUGUCACUGAAAACAUGGCCAAAAUGAGGAAACUGCUGGCCGAACAGCGGGUAGAGUGGCAGAAGGUCCUCCUCCAGGCGCUGAGGGAAAGCAAGAUGAUCAUGGCCAAAACCAACACCAAGGACUACAAGCUUAACCUUUAUCCAUAUCUGCUGCUGCUGGAGGAUAAGGAGUAUGUUGACAUUAUGAUACAGAGUGUUACCAACUUGCCUCCUAGUGGAGAGUCACUUAAGAUUUUAGCUCGAGAUCUGGGCAACAGGAUCUACACCAAGUAUUGUGUGAGACAGAAGCAGCAGAAUCAGAUUGUAGAAAAGCUGGGAAGCAUCUAUAGUGCCUACACAGAUCUGCUGGCCAAAGAUACCAAGGUGAACAAUGUCCUUCCAAGGGAACAGUGGUGUAAGCUGGAGAUGGAACAGCUUUCAGGACCCACGCUGCAGGGGGGUGAGACCAGCUGGCCGUACAUUGUAACUCUGGAGCUGGGCACCUUCAUGGUGGACAUAAUGGUGAAGAACCUUAAAAUCCACAGUGAUAUUCUGAACCCUGCCUACGACAGAAAGCUCAUCCCCAUCCUCUACCACAUGUAUACCUUCCGCAGCACCAGACAGGUUGGCUUUAUCAAGCCCCACCCCAUCUUGACACAGAUGCAACAGGAAGCCAUGGAGACCACGCUGACCUUUGACUCGUCCGUGAUGCCGAUGCUGUGCCCUCAGGUGCCGUGGACGUCAGUGAAGUUCGGAGCCUACCUCCUCACCCCCGCCAAGCUGAUGCGUUCAGUAGAUGGGGCCAUGCAGCAUGAGCAACUGCUGGAGAAGUGUCCGAAUCUUCACCCUGUUUUUGACUCGCUCAACCAGCUUGGUAACUGUGCCUGGAAGAUCAACAAACCAAUCCUGGACAUCAUCAUCUCCAUUUUCAACGAUCGGGGGAGCGAUAAGCUGGACAUCCCUCCACCUCUCUCAGAAGCCCCUAAAAUACCCCAUUUUAACGCUCAUGACCCUACUUUCACAGCCAGUGAGAAAGCCCACAUGAAACGAGAGGUGAUCAAUGCCAAGAAGAAGUGCAGCGAAAUGCACAGCCUGCGAAUGGAUGCCCUCUAUAAACUCUCCAUUGCGCACCACAUGCGGGAUGAGCUGUUCUGGUUUCCCCACAACAUGGACUUCAGGGGACGAACGUACCCUUGUCCUCCAUACUUUAACCACCUAGGAAGUGAUGUCACCCGGGCGAUGCUCGUGUUCGCUGAGGGGAAGCCUCUGGGUCCUAAGGGUCUGGACUGGCUAAAGAUUCACUUGGUUAACUUGACAGGGUUGAAGAAGAGAAGCUCUCUACAAGGACGUCUGGAAUACGCUAAUAGCAUCAUGGACGACAUUCUGGACUCUGCAGACAACCCUCUCAAUGGUACAAAAUGGUGGAUGGAAGCCGAUGAACCUUGGCAGGCGCUAGGCUGCUGCAUGGAGAUAGCAAACGCAGUGAGGUCACCCGAUCCAACCAAGUUCAUCUCCCACUUUCCUGUUCACCAGGAUGGUUCCUGCAACGGUCUCCAGCACUAUGCAGCUCUUGGCAGAGAUGUUAUUGGUGCAACUUCAGUGAACCUCAUGCCCUGCGAGGUGCCCCAGGAUGUGUACAGCGGUGUAGCGCAGCAGGUGGAAGAGUUGCGAGCUCGGGAUGCAGCAAAGGGCCUGAAGAUUGCUCAGGUUCUGGAGGGUUUCAUCAGCCGGAAAGUGGUCAAACAGACUGUGAUGACUGUGGUGUACGGAGUCACACGGUAUGGGGGCCGCCUGCAGAUAGAGAAGAGGCUAAAGGAGAUUGAUGAGUUUCCCAAGGACCAUGUGUGGGAUGCAUCCCAUUACCUUGUGCGCCUGGUGUUCAGUGGUCUAAAGGAGAUGUUUACAGGAACUAGAGAGAUUCAGGACUGGCUCACAGAAAGUGCCAGGCUCAUCUCCAAGUCUGGCCACACUGUGGAGUGGGUGACACCCCUGGGUUUACCGAUCGUUCAGCCUUACCACCGCACACGCAGCCAAGUGCUGAAGAGUACAAUGCAACACAUAAACCUCCAAAUCAGCCAUGAUGCCAAAGAGAGACCUGACACAGUUAAACAGAAGAAUGCAUUCCCUCCUAACUUCAUCCACUCCCUGGACUCCACACAUAUGAUGCUGACUUCACUCUACUGCUACAGUGCCGGCCUGACAUUCGUCUCAGUUCACGACUGUUUCUGGACCCACGCCCUCACUGUGGACACCAUGAACAAGAUCUGCCGGGAGCAGUUCGUUGCCCUCCACAGCCAGCCGAUUCUCCAAGAGCUGUCCGACUUUCUGCUGCACAAAUACUGCUCCACAAUCCAGACAGAAGCUAAGAAGAAGAAGUACCAGGAAUACAGGAGGCUGAUGUUGCUUCUGGCCAAAGUGCCCCAGACAGGUGAUUUUGAUCUCCAACGGGUGAAAGAGUCCACUUACUUCUUUAGCUGAGAGGCCCGCAAGGAUGAAGAGGGCUUAAAGAGAAGAGAGGAAUUGACUGGGGCCAGCAGGGAGGCUGCUGGCCCCGGAGUCUCGACAGGCUGUGUCUCUCCUGCAGACGAGAGGAAAUUGAUCCAGCCGCGCCCUGCCUGGCCCAUAAAACUAACUGGAGCUCCUGGAGAAGCUCACAGACACACACACAGUGAACUCGUCAGAUUAACUUACGUCGACCGAAGGAUAAGGUGGCCUGGAUGCUCAUCAAGGCGAAAAAUGAGAGAAUAAGCAUCAGAUGGAAACGCUAAGACUUCAAUCGCUGAAAGGAAAUACCUCGUAUGCCAGAUGUAUAUUUAGGUACAUAUUUGUGUAUAUUUGCCAAACAUAACAAGAUGUGAACUUUGCUGGUCUGUCCAUUAGCCAGAAACACUUCUGCUGCUCAAUCAUACUUUUCUUGCAAACUGUAAUAUGAGCUAAUGGGUGAUCUGAGUGGGUGGGUGGGUGUGGGUAUGUGUGUGUUAAAUGCAAUAAGACUGAAAGGCAGAAAGCUCUGACUGUCCCUCCCAAUGUUUAGACUGUUCAGUAACUCACUGCUCUUUUUAAAAGGAGGGAGAAGAUAAAUUAUUCUAAGUAUUUUUCUCAUCUGGGAAAACUGAGCUUUCAAAUAAAUGCGUUUCCUAAUGUUUCUUUCUUUUCUUUCAAUCAAACAAGGGUGAUGCGUUCUUUGUCCUUAAAUGGGAUGAAUGAGGAAUUUUUUGUGAUGUCUGCAUGCAGUGUAUAUGAAUACUGUUUUGAGAUGAAGGCCCUCCUUUUUAAUGUGCCACAAAGCCUUUCAUUGCUUCGCUAAUCAACUCGGAUCUUUUUUUUUUUCUGGGCCAGAACCAAAUCUCGAUGUAUAAAUAGAAAGAGUACUUAUCUGCUCAUCGCUGCAAACAUUACAGAGCUUUCAGACAAAAGGUGCUGCCGGCAUUCAAAGGCGAAGGAAGCUGCGCCGCCGAACACAGCCGUCCUCAGUCCCAACGUUCCUAUUUUAUGAUGCGGAUGGGAGUUCAUUUUUAUCAGUUAUUUAGAUUUUCUGGUGUAAAUUAUAUGUGGUUUGAGUUAAGAAUGAUAUAAGAUAUGAACUUCCAUUAUGUAAGGCCGCACUGCUUUCCAUGCAUUUGAAAUAUUUUGAUUACAACGGAUUAAAAAAUAUAUAUAUAGGUAUUUAAUGUUAAGUUAAGAUGUAGAACUUGUUCGUUCUCUGAUUGUAUUCGUUUUCUCUGUGAGUAAAGGGAACCUGACACCAGUACUUAUUAGGGCUGCAUACUUAAAUUG